AUGGAUAUUGAUCCAGGGUACUACAGCCCUUUGGCCAAUCAAGAGGCUAGGAUUCAUAUGAUAUCUACAGACUUCUAUCCAGAAUGGCUUCUUAAGGAACCGUGCUUCAAUCUCGCCUGGAUCGACCUUUACCUUUGGCAGCUUCGUAGUCGCCCCGAACUCAUCAAGCAAGUGCAUACCCUCGACAUUUGGAGCCGCAGCAAUGGACGCGUCACACGUGAUGAACGGAAUCGCAUUUGCCACGAGUAUCCCAAAAUCAAGGCAGCAACAGUGCUCGAAAACACACGCUUCCUGCCGCACUUCCUUUCCGUGCUCAAAAAUGCCAAGGAUGAACGGGUCAUCAGUCAGAUCGAGGAAGACGUCUUGCCCUUGCUGUUCUGCUACCUGGUGGUCAGCUUGCCAGGCCUGCGCGAGCGCAAACUCGGCGGCGCCUGGCUCAUGGACUUUCCGAUAUUCGAGUGUGGACUGUCCUCUGCGCUUGGCAGGAUGUACCUCCCCGGUGACUGGAGAAACUCCUUCAGCCUAAGCACCUACAAGAACCUCCUAUCGCAGCUAACCGUCCUGGACUCCUCGGCCUAUCCAUGCGAACCCUCCAAAAACUCCCGAACCAGGCUCCCCGCAAAACCACACAAAAUCUUCCCACCAACACUCCAAAUCCUCCGCAUCAGCGAGGCCUCCCAAACCACACCCCAUUUUCUCUGCCAACUCGCAAUCGCAAAGAAAUACGGCUCCCACCUCCCCGCCCUCGUCCGCGUAGAAGCCUACUUUGAAUCCCGCUACAAAGCCUACUGCCACAAUGCCUCCAGCCGCUCCCCUGCCAGGAGAAUCAUUCAUAUUCCCAAACUCUUCAAAGACGCUCACAUCGCCCUCUUACUCUAUUUUCCCCCCUUGGGCUUUUCGCACCUGGCACGCUGGCGCUACGCCCUGGUCCCUUCGGUUGCGCCGGGGUGGACGGCAGUUGGGUGA